CGCUCAUCACUAGUUUAAAUGUCUAAUUAAUAGUUUGGCUGGAACUUGAGAAAAACAAUUGAUCGUUUUAUUUAAAAAAAAGUUUGGGAGCUUUAUUUAAAAAAAAAAUUGGUAGUUUUAUUUAAAAAAAGGAGGAUUCCAACAUGCGUGUGUCAAUUUGCCGAUUAAACCAAGUAUCUCCAAAGUUAAGAGAGCUGCGAAUUCACCUUUGUCAGACGGACGAAGCUUCGUUUGGGGCGAGGGAGUUUGUGGAAAAAUUUUAUCCCAGCCUUAAAAAGAACAAUCCAGAUUUGCCUAUUCUAAUACGUGAAUGUUCAGGAAUUCAACCACGUUUAUGGGCACGAUUUGCUUUAGGUAAAGAGACGUCUGUUCCAUUGACGAACCAAUCAGCACCGGAAAUACAAAAGCAGUUGGAAGCUGUAACAAAGACUUAAAGUCAUCAAGAAGGGCAUCAGAUUAAAAAUAGAGACUAUUUCAGACGAAUAAAAUAUACUUAAAUGUAUGCAUAAUUCA